AUGGGGCUCAACAAGGACCACAGAGGCCAUAGCAGGACCUACGACUCGCGAGUCCAGUCACGGUGUGGCAGCAAAGAGAACAUCCUGAGAGCUAGUCACAGUGCAGUGGACAUCACCAAGGUGGCCCGCCGGCACCGCAUGUCUCCCUUCCCCCUCACCUCCAUGGAUAAGGCCUUCAUCACUGUACUGGAGAUGACCCCUGUGCUCGGCACUGAGAUCAUCAACUACAGAGAUGGGAUGGGUCGAGUCUUAGCUCAGGACGUCUAUGCCAAAGACAACCUGCCUCCAUUCCCUGCAUCAGUCAAAGAUGGCUACGCCGUGCGAGGUGAGACGCCACGGCCGGACGGUCCUGGAGAUCGCUUCAUCAUUGAGUCACAGGCAGGACAGCAGCCGACCCACACAGUGAUGCCGGGCCAGGUGAUGAGGGUGACAACAGGGGCUCCUAUCCCCUGUGGGGCGGAUGCUGUGGUGCAGGUGGAGGACACAGAGCUGCUUCGAGAGUCUGACGACGGCACAGAAGAACUGGAGGUGCGGAUCUUGGUACAGGCACGCCCUGGACUAGACAUCAGGCCUAUAGGUCAUGAUAUAAAGCGUGGGGAAUGUGUCCUGUCCAAGGGUACCCACAUGGGCCCUUCUGAGAUUGGCCUGCUGGCCACCGUAGGAGUCACUGAGGUGGAGGUGCAGAAGUUCCCAGUGGUGGCUGUCAUGUCAACUGGCAACGAGCUGUUGAACCCAGAGGAUGACCUGCACCCAGGGAAGAUCAGGGACAGUAACAGGUCUACACUGCUGGCCACCAUUCAGGAACAUGGCUACCCUACCAUCAACCUGGGCAUCGUCGGAGACAACCCAGACGACCUCCUUAAUGCCCUGAACGAGGGGAUCAGCCGUGCUGACGUCAUCAUCACCUCAGGAGGUGUGUCCAUGGGAGAGAAGGACUAUCUGAAGCAGGUGCUUGACAUUGAUCUCCACGCCCAGAUCCAUUUUGGACGGGUGUUUAUGAAGCCAGGUCUCCCCACCACGUUCGCCACUGUAGACAUUGACGGGGCACGGAAACUGAUAUUUGCCCUACCAGGUAACCCAGUGUCUGCGGUUGUCACCUGUAACCUCUUCGUCAUCCCUGCUCUAAGGAAGAUGCAGGGGAUCCUGGACCCUCGGCCCACCAUCAUCAAAGCCAGGCUUUCCUGUGAUGUAAAGUUGGACCCUCGUCCAGAGUACCACCGCUGCAUCCUGACAUGGCACCACCAGGAGCCUCUGCCAUGGGCACAGAGCACAGGAAAUCAGAUGAGUAGUCGACUGAUGAGCAUGAGAAGUGCCAACGGGCUGCUGAUGUUGCCUCCUAAAACAGAGCAAUACGUGGAGCUGCAUAAAGGAGAGGUUGUGGARGUGAUGGUCAUAGGACGACUAUGAUGAUGUCAUCUUACGAGGACAGAUAGAUAGACAGGGAGAGAAAGUGGUGCAUGUCCACAUAUCAUAACUAUUCUGUAAUAUGCAAUGGCACAGCUAGUUUUUAUUGAUUUGGAUAAUAAAGUUCAUCAAGUAUAAUUAACCAACAUCUCGAACACAAAGUAAAUGAGUACAUACAUUGAUCAUGAAAUCUGAAUUUGAAAAGAUCAUUGUAUUUCAAAGAAAGACAAAAUGUUAUACCUUUUAAAAGUGAAAAAAUAAGAGAUUUAUUCUGUAAUAUAUUAUAUUAUUAUAUUAUUAUUAUUAUAAUUAUGAAUAUUAUAUUGUCAUAUUAAGCAACUCUGUUUCUCUUUCAUCCUCGCAAUUGCUUUGUGUGUUCAACCCUAGACCUUAUAGAUAGAUAGCAGUAGCAUUUCAAUAACAAGCUGUAGGUGCUCAAAAAAAAAUACAAAUAAAAUACUAUUUUCUUAUCUCACAAAAAAAAGAUAGAAAAUACAUAUCUUCUUUUUGAACAACGAAAACCCUUUUGAGAUAAUGUCAGAAGUCCCUCUUGGGGUAUGUCCUGAUUCUCCACCCUUCUCCUGAAGUGUACACUUGCACACUCCCCGUCAUUUUUAAAGGCAUUGGAUUGGUGAAGGUAGGCAUUGACUGGAGGGAGUUCCCACCAUUACUAGAUCCAUGCAAGAAAGUAUGCAGGAAUAGAGUGAAGAAUCAGGAUGUAGCCUUGGUGCUCUGGCUUAUUAGGAGUGUUUUCAGGGUCCUGAGGGUGCCUCUAGCUAUCUGUCCCUUCCCUUUAGUAUUCUUCUCUUCUAUGCCUCAUUAUAUGGGCUUUAUAAUGCCUCAUAAUGGCUUCACACACAGCUUUGCUUGUUGUUUUUCUUGUGAGUCGUGUUUGUGUGCAGUUGCCAAAAGUGGUGGGUAUCUUGGGCCAAAAGUCAUAGGGUCACCAUGAUGAGACCUGGGCCUGUAUUCAUAAAGUGGCUCGGAGUAGUGAUCUAGGACCAGGUCCCCCUGUCUAUAUAGUCUUAUUCAUUAUGAUAAACUGAUCCUAGAUCAGCACUCAUACCCUUUUAUGAAUACAGGCCUUGAAGGCAGAGAAAGGCAGCGAGUGGCCUGCCAGUGCCCCCUAGGCUGACUGUUUCCCCUAGCAGCCCCCCAGCUGCCCCAAGUCCGCUACUGAGUUCCC